GUCUAGGGGACUCCUAGUCAUUCAGGCAGCAGCCCCUCCUCUCCUGCCCUAGCCUCCACUUCUCCAGUGUUCACAGGUCGGCUCACCAACAGCCACUGCUCAUGAUGGAGGCCAUCAAGAAAAAGAUGCAGAUGCUGAAGUUGGACAAGGAGAAUGCCCUGGACCGAGCAGAGCAAGCCGAAGCUGAGCAGAAGCAGGCAGAAGAGAGGAGCAAGCAGCUGGAAGAUGAGCUGGCAGCCAUGCAGAAGAAGCUGAAAGGGACGGAGGAUGAGCUGGACAAGUAUUCUGAAGCUCUGAAGGAUGCCCAGGAGAAACUGGAGCUGGCAGAGAAGAAGGCUGCUGACGCCGAGGCCGAGGUGGCCUCCUUGAACCGUAGGAUCCAGCUGGUUGAAGAGGAGCUGGACCGCGCCCAGGAGCGCCUGGCCACUGCCCUGCAGAAGCUGGAGGAAGCGGAGAAAGCUGCAGAUGAGAGCGAGAGAGGUAUGAAGGUUAUUGAGAACCGAGCCUUAAAAGAUGAAGAAAAGAUGGAACUCCAGGAAAUCCAACUCAAAGAGGCCAAGCACAUUGCAGAAGAGGCAGAUCGGAAGUAUGAAGAGGUGGCUCGGAAGUUGGUGAUUAUUGAGGGGGACUUGGAACGCACAGAGGAACGAGCUGAGCUGGCAGAGUCUAAGUGUUCUGAGCUGGAGGAGGAGCUGAAGAAUGUCACCAACAACCUCAAGUCUCUUGAGGCUCAGGCGGAGAAGUACUCUCAAAAGGAAGACAAAUAUGAGGAAGAGAUAAAGAUUCUCACGGAUAAACUCAAGGAGGCAGAAACCCGUGCUGAGUUUGCUGAGAGAUCAGUAGCCAAGCUGGAGAAGACAAUUGAUGAUUUGGAAGAUAAGCUGAAAUGCACCAAAGAGGAGCACCUCUGUACACAAAGGAUGCUGGACCAGACUCUGCUUGACCUGAAUGAGAUGUAGAGCACCCCAGUCCCGCCCUGCCGCUGCUCCUCCCUCUGAUCCCGACUCCGCUGAGGCCAGCCUGCCCGAAGCUGGCCUUGAAACCGAGGGCUGAUCUUUAACUGGAAGGCUGCUUUCUCCUUUUGCCGCCUCUCCCACCCCAACCCCUGUGUCUUUUUCGCCGAACUGUCUCUGCCUCUCCCUAGAGAUUCCAGUUGGGCUUGAGGCUGAGCACCUUUGGGAACAAUGUUUAAGGGAAUGUGAGCACAAUGCAAAGUGUCUUUAAAAGCAUGUUGUGAUGUACACAUUUUGUAAUUACCUUUUUUUGUUGUUGUUGAUGUAGCAACCAUUUGUAAAACAUUCCAAAUAAUUCCACAGUUCUGAAGCAGCAGUCUGUUCCCUUCCUCACAUUUGGAAAGUAACUUUUCAGUUUAGUGCAUACUGCCCUCUCCACAGAGGAGGCAGGGGCCUGCCUUACUGAGAGCCAGAGCCCGGAAAGAGACCCACUCUGGGAAGCUUCAUUGCUUUGUCCAAAGUACCAGCCAGAUUAGAAAGGUGAUUCCAGGAGGAGUGGCCAAAAAAGUGUGGCUCAGGGUUUCAGCUUUAAGGUAUCUUCGAGCAACUUUAUUUUUUAAUUUUUUUUUUUUUUCCAUCAGAAGUGACCAAACAAAUUAAGAUGGUGAGACCUCUGUCUGAGACCAAAUCCUUAUCCUGUCUUUACCCUAACUGCCCACGGAAUGGAUCAUGUUCCCUUUAUGUUGAGGUGACAGCUUAUUUUCUCUCCUGCCUCCUUGAAGGAAAAAAAGAAAAUUAUGUGUUUGCCACUGAUUUAGCCAUAUGAAACAAACUCAUCUCAUCACCCUUUGCUGGGUCCAAAGCUGCUGUGUCUGAAGUGCCAUCUUGUGCUUUGUAUCAGUUAGUGCUGGAGAAAUCUUGAAUAGAUUAUGUACAAAACUGUUUUUAAAUUUUAUAUUAUUUUGAAACUUUGCUUCUUUAGGGUUGGGGCACAUUGGCCACCCUGUCUGGCUAAGAACUCUCUACAGUCUGUGGGCUGACAGUGUGCUGAUCUUUUAAAGUUUCUUUCCCUCCCCAAUUCCCCUUUUUGGUGAGGUUUCUGUGAGGCCUGUUAGGUGUGCAUCCUGCAGCUUAUUGGCUUAAAAUGCACUCUCCUUUGGUGUGCUCUCUGGGGGCCGAUGGGGAGAAAGAAACCCAUAGUGCAGACUGUUUUGAUACUGAAAAUUGACAAGUGUCUUUUUGAAAUAAAGAACCAGUCCCUCUAA